UCCCCUGGCUGGCAGCGCGGAGGCCGCACGGUAAGCGGGUGCUCCGAAUCGGACAGUGCGUGGGGCGUCACGACCGGACACCUCAGCCUCAGAGCGCGUGCCUAAGGGCCCCGAGGCGCCCGGCGCGGGCCCGUCCCGCCCCCUGGAGCCGUGGCCACGUGCGAGCGGCAGGCCCGAACAUGCCCGAUGCCUGGAGUUACUGUAAAAGACGUGAACCAGCAGGAGUUCGUUAGAGCUCUGGCAGCCUUUCUCAAAAAGUCCGGGAAGCUGAAAGUCCCUGAAUGGGUGGACACCGUCAAGCUGGCCAAGCACAAAGAGCUUGCUCCCUACGAUGAGAACUGGUUCUACACGCGAGCUGCUUCCACAGCGCGGCACCUGUACCUCCGGGGUGGCGCUGGGGUUGGCUCCAUGACCAAGAUAUAUGGGGGACGUCAGAGAAAUGGCGUCAUGCCCAGCCACUUCAGCCGAGGCUCCAAGAGCGUGGCCCGCCGGGUCCUCCAAGCCCUGGAGGGGCUGAAAAUGGUGGAAAAGGACCAAGAUGGGGGCCGCAAACUGACACCUCAGGGACAGAGAGAUCUGGACAGAAUCGCCGGACAGGUGGCAGCUGCCAACAAGAAGCAUUAGAACAAACCAUGCUGGGUUAAUAAAUUGCCUCAUUCGUAA